AAAUCUACCCAGAGAAUCAGAAACCCUGAAAAAAAGUGGUUCUCCACUCUCUCGCUCCCUUCAAGACCCCAAUUCCCUGAGAGUAGAAACCGUUAUCCCGAAUCCUCUUCUACCAAUCCCAGCCAUGGAAUCUGGGCGAAAUCUGGAAUGCCGGAUGUAUGAGGCCAAAUACCCUGAAGUGGACCAGGCCGUGAUGAUACAGGUGAAGAGCAUGACAGACAGUGGUGCGUAUGUUUCAUUGUUGGAGUAUAAUAACAUCGAGGGCAUGAUCCUGUUCUCGGAGCUGUCGCGUCGCCGCAUUCGUAGCAUCAGCAGUCUCAUCAAGGUGGGUCGGAUCGAGCCCGUCAUGGUCCUCCGUGUCGACAAGGAAAAGGGCUACAUUGAUUUAAGUAAGAGGAGAGUAUCUGAGGAGGAUAUUCAGGCCUGCGAGGAGAGGUAUAACAAGAGCAAACUUGUUCACUCCAUCAUGAGGCAUGUUGCUGAGACCAUGAAUAUUGAUUUGGAGGAUCUUUAUAUCCACAUCGGCUGGCCUUUAUACAGGAAAUAUGGCCAUGCAUUUGAGGCAUUCAAAUUAAUCGUCAGUGAUCCUGAUUCAGUGCUUGAUUCUCUUACUCGCAAAAUCAAAGAAGUUGGCCCUGAUGGGCAGGAGGCGACGAAGGUGGUUCCUGCCAUAUCAGAGGAGGUUAAAGAUGCUUUAGUAAAAAAUAUUAGGAGAAGAAUGACCCCACAACCAUUGAAGAUUCGUGCUGAUAUUGAAAUGAAGUGCUUCCAGUUUGAUGGUGUUCUGCACAUCAAGGAAGCAAUGCGUAAAGCUGAAGCUGCUGGUAACAUGGAUUGCCCAGUUAAAAUUAAACUUGUUGCUCCUCCAGCAUAUGUCCUCUACACCCAGACUCUUGAGAAGGAGCAAGGCAUUGCUAUCCUUAACAAGGCUAUUGAGGCUUGCAUGGAAGAAAUUGAAUGUCACAAGGGAAAACUUACUGUUAAAGAGGCAGCAAGGGCUGUGAGCGAACGGGAGGACAAACUACUUGCUGAGCAGAUGCGUAAGCUGGGUCGUGAAAAUGAUGAAGUUAGUGUCGAUGAAGACAGUGAAGAGGAGGAAGAUACAGGCAUGGGAGAAGUUGAUGUCGAGAAUACAGAAAUCACAUUUUAAGAGUGAAAAUUUUCUGUUUUGUUCUACUCGAAUAAAUUCUCUUUAUACAGUUGCAUUGUUUUUUAACUGGGUAUUAGGAGGGUAUAUAAACCUGUACUGACAUUUGCAUUGCUAAGCUGCUAAUCCUUCUGGGCUCCCGGGUAAUUUUUUCAUUAAA